AUGACUCACUUGUGCGCACUCGGCGCAUAUGCUAGUGCUAUCCUCGAGGAGCAGUUUGGCAACGCGACCGAGCUGAUCUACGCCAGCCUUGGCUGGGGCGACGCGGAGGCGGCGCAGCUGGCGGAGGUUCUCGCGAGCGGUGCAGCGUCGCGGCUCGAGGAGCUCUGUCUCUUCGAAAACAAGAUUGGCGACGAGGGCUGCAAGGCGCUGGCCGCCGCCCUGCUCGGCAAGGAGGGGGCAGCGCCGCGGCUCGAGACGCUCAUUCUCACUGACAACCAGAUUGGCGACGAGGGCUGCAAGGCGCUGGCCGCCGCCCUCAAGGAUGGCGCAGCGCCGCGGCUCGAGGCGCUCGAGCUCUCCAGCAACGAGAUUGGCGACGAGGGCUGCAAGGCGCUGGCCGCCGCCCUCGGCAAGGAGGGGGCAGCGCCGCAACUCGAGACGCUCAAUCUCUCUAGCAACGAGAUUGGCAACGAGGGCUGCAAGGCGCUGGCCGCCGCCCUCAAGGAGGGGGGCGCGCCGAGCUUGAAGGCGCGAGACGCCCCAUCGACUCGCCACGCCCCUCCCAUGCGCCCAUACUCAGUACUUCCGUUGCGCGUGCAGGAGCUUAUUACGGACAAAAGAAAGCCGCGCCACCUGAAGGUCACUUGCAAGGAGCGCGGGAUUAAGCUGUGCAAGUAUUCUGCCUUGAUGCAGAAGAAGUUCAGAGACAAGUUCGACUAUGAUUCACCUUCCUAUCAUGGUUGA